GAAUGGUUCAGCCCAUGGACUCGCUCCAGCAAUCAUUACAUGUAAGAGGAGGACUACAAGAUACAGAUUUUUUUGUGUCUGUCAACCAGAGUCAAUUCUCAAUAGUAACGCAGUUACACAACAUAAACACUGUAAAAAUACUCUCGGGUCUGGACUUUCCUUAAAGAGACCCCCGUGUCUCAGUUAAAGGCGGCUUUGUCGGUCGGAUGAGACCAGCAAAAGAGCUGCACUGACAGUGCCUGGAAUAAAAGGCAUUCCUUUCCAUCCCUCUGUCCACUCCUCCCUCCCUCUCUCCUCUUGUGGCUGUAAAUAAGCUGGGGCUGUGUAGACCCUUGAUAGGCCCUUCCCCUCCCACUCUUCCCCACCACUGUGCCCCCCUUCUAACUCCCCUGCCCACUCAGACUCUGCUGCUGCUGUUUAUAUUGCUGAAAGGCGCCAGGGAGAUGCUCAGAUGAUCCAUUGGGCAAUCCUGAACCACAUCGUCCAUUCAGCCCAAGGCAGGGAAGACUAACCACUGCGAGUGUGAGAGAGCCCUUGGAGGGUGCUGUGAGUACCCUGUGAGGCCCGCACUCCCGCCAAGCCUGGCAGGAAGCUUGGCUUGCCCAUUCACUUCUCAAGCCCCUGAGAUGCCAUCCCCUCCAAAUGAAGGAGAGGAUCAAGGAGCGUCCCCCGUGAACAGGCCAUCUGUGGGCUCGUACCGGAGCAGUGGGAAGAGAAAAGUGAGCACCAAAAAGAAGAAAGGCACUAUCACCGCCAAUGUCACUGCCACCAAAUAUGAGAUUGUUCGUAUAGUCAUCAAAGAGGUGGACUACAUCAAGACCCGGGAAGAUGACGAGACCGCCAACCUCAUCUGGAAUGACUCGGCCGUGCAGCAUGAGAAAAUUGCCGAGCUCAGGAAUUAUCAGAGAAUUAACCAUUUCCCUGGCAUGGGCGAAAUCUGCCGGAAGGACUGCCUAGCAAGAAACAUGUCCAAAAUGAUCAAGUGCCAGCCUCAAGAGUACAGCUUCAUUCCCAAAACCUGGAUCUUCCCCGCCGAGUACACUCAGUUCCAGAACUAUGUCAAGGAGCUCCGCAGGAAACGCAAGCAGAAGACCUUUAUCGUCAAACCCGCCAACGGAGCCAUGGGUCAUGGGAUCUCGCUUAUCCGUAACUGUGAGAAGCUGCCGGCCCAGGAACACUUUAUCGUUCAGGAGUACCUGGACAAGCCCUUCCUGAUGGAGGGCUACAAGUUUGACCUACGCAUCUACAUCCUCGUCACUUCCUGUGACCCACUUCGCAUUUUUCUCUACAAUGACGGACUGGUUCGCAUGGGCACAGAGAAGUACCAUGCACCCAGUGAGGCCAAUCUGAGCCAGCUCUACAUGCAUCUGACCAACUACUCAGUCAACAAACACAAUGAGAACUUUGAGCGAGACGAGACAGUGGACAAAGGCAGUAAGAGGUCCAUCAGUUGGUUCACUGAGUUCCUGCGCACCAACGACUACGAUGUGGCCAAGUUCUGGGGAGAUGUCUCUGAGCUGGUGGUGAAGACUAUAAUAGUGGCUGAGCCCCACGUGCUGCAUGCAUAUCGCAUGUGUCGCCCCGGCCAGCCACCAGGGAGCGACAGCGUCUGCUUUGAGGUCCUGGGCUUUGACAUCAUCUUGGACCGCAAACUCAAACCCUGGCUACUGGAGAUCAAUCGAGCUCCGAGCUUUGGGACCGAUCAGAAGAUUGAUUAUGACGUGAAAAAAGGGGUGCUGCUCAAUGCUCUUAAACUCCUCAACAUUCGAGCCAGUGAUAAGAAACGCAACCUGGCCCAGCAAAAGGCAGAGGCUCAGCGACGGCUCUAUGGACACGGCUCUAUGAAGAAACUCUCAUCUGCUUCCUCAGACUGGGAGAAACAACGUCACACAUUGGAGCGUAGGAGGGAAGAGCUGAAAGAGCGACUGGCACAAGUCCGCAAGCAGAUCUCCAGGGAUGAGCAUGAAAAGCAACAUCUGGGGAACUACAGGCGUAUUUACCCCCCAGACGACAAGCUGCUGUUGGAGAAGUAUGAAAGCCUACUCUCGGCCGCCUUUCAGACCUUCCUCGCCGGGCGAGCUGCCUCACUUCAAAAGGAAAUGAAUAAUCCUCUGAAACAAAUGAAGGAAGAAGACAUCUUGGACCUGCUAGAGCAAUGUGAACUGGACGACGAGAAGCUGAUGGGCAAAUCCUCCAGGCAACGAGGCCCUAAGCCCAUGACCGCCAUGCCAGAAUCCAGUCAGACACCAAGGCGUCAACGACCGGACUACCUGGCCGAUUUCACCAGCGGCAGCAGCGGUGAUGACUCCUGCUCCUCAUCAGACGAAGAAGUAGACGAGGAGAGGAAAGCCGGAGGAGGAAGAGGAGGAGAGAAGAGGGAGAAGAAAGUUUCCUAUGACCUUGGGGAGAGCAAGGAGAAGAACUUGGCUGAGCGCUCAGGUCGCAUGCACUGGAAACCUCCAAUCAAGUCACUCAAACCCAGCCCCGCCCCCUCUGCUUCCCCAACACUUUCUGGUCCAAUCAGGCGCUCCAUCUCCUGCCCUCGCUCCAUUGCCUCCCUCUUGUCGCCCAAUGAGGUGCGGGCAUUGUCCACCAGGCCUUCGCCCACAGUUCCCAUGGCCACUCCCCUCGUCAGGCCGAGCUCCGCCACGCUGCGCUCUCACUCGCUAAGCCGCAGUGGCUCCACCCACCGUGUGCCUCACAGCAACAGCCUUGGGACCAUCCACUCCAACAUAGGCGAUCCACUGAUAAACUUAAGGAGUAAAGAGCAGGAGGCCGAGCUGGUGCGUCAGACUCUGGCCGUGCUCACUGCAAUGAGGAUCAGAUUUCCAGGCAAAACCGAGGAGGAGGCAGAGGCUGUGCUGGAUGAGAUCCUAGACAACUGGAAAUACCACAAAUCAAAGGUGGCCUCCUAUUGGCUAGUGAAGCUGGACUCUACCAAACAACGGAAGGUGUUGGACAUUGUACGUACCAAUGUACGCUCAGCGCUACAACGGAUCUGGAGGGAGCCGGACGUAGAAAGUCUCCACCUCUACCGGCUCUUUAACCGCGUCUUCAGUCGGCUGCUCUGGAGUCAUGGCCAGGGCCUGUGGAACUGCUUCUUGAACACCGGUUCUUCGUGGGAGACCAUCUUCAGUAAGAGCAGCGAGGUGGUGUCACCCCAGGAGCUGCAGUGCUGCCGCCGGCUGGUCCAGCUAUGCCGAGACUGCCUGUUGGUUGUCUACAAGUUUGUCUCAGAGUCCCGUGGCUCAUUGACCGGACUGAGCCCUGAAUGGGACGACACCAGGUACUGGAACGCUGUUAGCAGGAGCUGCCUCACUGCUCUGUCUCGGUGGAAGGUGUCAUAGAAAAGUCUUAGAAAGGUACUGACGCCUAUGCCUCGGAAUGAUAGGUAUCUGCUGCCAGUGACCUCCCAGUUCAUCAUGAAGUGGCCUUCGUCCAGCUUCGGCCGCAUCUCCUCGGCCGUUCCACGCUCACGCAGCCUUUUCGCUGCCAGGAUGGGCCACUUCUGAGGUCACCGUGGCAACCUUGGCUUUUUGGACACCUCGCCUUUUGACCUCAACCUCCCUCCCUUGACUCCCACGCAGCCAAACUCUGAUCUCAACUCCAGCUAGCUCUGGACACCUGACGGAGCCUCAACAGGGGCAAACCCCCCCCCCCCCCGUGGAAGACCAACAAAGAAAGGCCGGAUGAUUUGGGAUAGCUAAAGGGCCUCGUUCACUUUAGAUUAGUUUGGACUGGCCCGGACCAGCAAACCACAGGUACUCACGACCGCUAUAGCCCCAGAAUCACCAGACAAUGGGUUUCCCCCUCUUUUCUCAUUGUAAUUGCUAUAUUGUACCUGCUCACUGUACAGUUAUAAGUCAUGGUACUGUAAAGGGAAAAAAUAAUGAUUACUAAACAAUGCAAGGAUUAUUUAUUUAUGUACUUACUUAUUUUGUAAGGUAUUCCACGAAUGCAGUGAAUGCUGAUGCAGAAUGCAGAUAUGGAAUAAUAUCAACAAAGCUAUCCCUUGUUUGAGAAAGUGGAUG